CUACCACUUUACAACUGCAUCUGUUUUGGUCCGCUGGAAAAUCUAAUAAUAAUCUAGUUGAGGCCAGUCCAUCACUAGUUAACUAAGAUGGCUCCAGACGGGUUUCCAGUCCGUGUCCUGUCCACCAUCGACCCUUCGGUGGGGCACACUUUUCUCCAGCCCAGAAAGAGAAUCCACGAAACGGGCGAUGUCUCGGAGUUUCUCUGCUCUAGGGCUUAUGUCGAUAUUAUGACAUUCAUUUUGCAGCUAAACAGAUCAAUGUUUCCGACUAAAUUAUCUGCGGACGAAGUACAAUCGUGGCCUUUAAAGUCGGAAGUAGUUGAGUUUCCCGCCCCCGUCCGACGACUACAGCAAUUACUGUUGAAGCUUGAAGGACUCCUGCAUGCAACACCACUAGUGGGCGGGGAAAGGAGAUUUGCCGACCGUGGCUACCAAAAUUGGCACGACAAGGUGAAAGAGAAUGCCUCAACCUUCUUAGAGGAGUGUUUACCGUCGGAAAUUCUACAUGCCCCGUCCUCAGACCCGGACGGACCAACGGCAGAGGUAGAACUAAUGGAAUACUUUCUUGGGAGCUGGGGGAGUCGAGAGCGGAUGGACUAUGGGACCGGCCACGAACUGAGCUUUCUCACAUUCCUAGCAGCGAUUUGGAAGCUAAACGGGUUUCCAAAAAAUAGCCCCGGCGUGGAGGAAAGAGCAAUUGUGAUCGGUGUAAUAGAACCGUAUCUGGAACUGGUGCGGGCUGUUAUUAAGAAAUAUAAAUUGGAGCCUGCUGGUUCCCACGGCGUCUGGGGUUUGGAUGACCAUUCUUUCAUCCCUUAUAUCUUUGGCUCGGCACAGUUUAGUCCAGCUAUAUCGGAGUCGGAUCCUGUACCGGAGGUGGGUUCAUUACCCAGUACUCCAGAUCCUGAAGGAGUCGCGAAAGCAGAUAUUGUAGAGAAAGAGCGGAGAGUGAACAUGUAUUUCUCCGCCAUCGGCUUCAUAUAUGAUGUAAAGACAGGGCCGUUCUGGGAACAUAGUCAGAUGUUAUAUGAUAUAUCUGGGGUCCGGGCUGGCUGGGCCAAGAUUAACAAGGGUAUGAUCAAGAUGUACAACGCUGAAGUACUUUCUAAGUUUCCGGUUGUGCAACACUUCCGCUUCGGCUCGCUGUUCAGUUGGGAUCGCGACCCGAGCGCUAUUCCUCCGCCGCCCAGAGCCCACACCUCAUCCGGACAGGAAACUCAACCAAGACAAGCCCCUCCAUCAACACGGCAAGGUCCAGGUCCAGUAACGAAAGCUCCUUGGGCUACCGCAUCGCAGAGUAUUCCCCCACCAUCAAGCGGAACCGCAGCGCCAUGGGCGACUGCGAGAGCUGGUGGGGCGCUCUUUACGUCUUCUACCCCUCCUAGAAUCCCACCAGCACUUCCUGAUACCUCCAGACUUCCGCCAGGUCCAAUGGCUCCUACCAGAGCUCCCAGGGCAAGUUCGCAACCAGCGGGGCCGGCUCCCGCUGGUGAUUCCAAGGAUUUGGCUACUAAGGCUCCUUGGGCGAAAUAAUAUGGCGAUACGAUAUGGUUAUUGAUGAAAAGCUACUGUUCUUUGCGUAUAUGAAAUGGCAUUAUAUACCCCUAUUACGAGGCAUACAU